AAGGGUUGGGAUUAAAGGCCAGCCCUGGCCCAACAUUUCGUUUGUUUGUUUGUUUGGUGUGUAUGUGCUCUUUGGAAUGUAUACAUGCCAGCAUACAUGUGAAAGAUCGAGGACACCUUUUGAGAGUUGGGUCUCUUUCUGCGAUGUGAAUCCUGGAGAUUGAAUGUAGGUUGUCAGGCUUGGUUUAUGCUGAUCCUACUCACUGGCCCCUGUUUUUAUGACACCUUGUUUCUGGCUCCUUUAGGAUUUCUGUCAUUUUUUUGGUGCCAUAGUACUGUAUUCUCACUGUAAGGCAUAUCACCUCCCCCCUGUCCCAACCACAUCACUGUGGAAUUAGGGUAGGGCCUCGCCUCCUUAAGGUUGGAGUGCCUUGUCUGGGUUGCAGUGCCUGUCCAGAACCCUCCUGUAGGCUCUUGGGACAGAGUGGGUAGUGUAAGCUCUGUUUAACACUCCUCCCUUCCCUGGUGUAAAAGGGGGCUCUUCUGUGCUGAUGGAUGGUAGAGCCAAGACUCAUUCCUGGUCAAGAUCCUGAACACCUCUGCUGAUCCCAGGCAAGAUCCCUGGAUCAGAGGUGCCUGUACUUCAGUCUCCUCAGUGGGGCUCUUUGCUGAGUCCUUUUGCUGGUUGUCUCAUCUUGCUGAAGAUUCCUGGUGUGUGGUGUGUCAGCCAAUCCUCAGAUGAGAGUGCUGCUUUUUUUUUUUUUUUUUUAAAUAGGUCCUUUAUUUAAGUUCCUAGAGCCUCAGGUGCUACCCAUACCUACCUCCCCACAGAGUGGGACUCUGUAGAGUUAAUUUUGAAAAUUCCUUUCAGAAGAGGUGCCAACUACAUCCUCUCUGGGCCUCUUUUUCUAAAUCCUGCUCCAAAAUUCAGUGUCCAUGCAGUGGUUGCUCGUCACCUGUGAUUAGUGGAAAUGGAAAAAACUGAGCCAGGAAUGGCAGCGCACUCCUCUAACCCCAGCAUUUGGGAGGUCAGGGCAGGAAUGUGUGUUCAAAGCCAGCCUGAGCUGUAUUCUAAGAGCCUGUUCUUGGAAAGGGUACGAUCCUGUUUUUCUGUUGCACUGGUUGUAAGUACAUUAGGCUGACAGUGCGCUUUGAAACAUUCCCCACAUUGCACCUUCUGUUCUCUGGGUAUUCCUUUCCUUGUUAGUAAGGACCCUCAUAGCUGCCUGCCAGGUUGAAACUCUUGGUCCUGGGAGUAGGGCUGUUUCUGCUAAGAGCUACUUUGGGGCACCUCUGUCCUGUAUAGUUUUCAGAGCCUUGCUUUUUAGUAUACCCCUAGGGAGACUGCUUCUGCUGGCGGUUCAAAAAUCCUCUUCCCAUGUCCCUCCCUCUCCAGGUUGCCCUGUUUCAGAGUCAAGUUUUGUUGUGUGGACUUCUUUGGCUAUAACCUUCCCCUCCUCAGUCCUUUGUCCUCAGGCCCCUCCGAGUUAAGUUCACCUUUCUUCAGAAUAAAAGUAGGUGCCCCUCUGUUCAUUUUGGUUUCUGCCCUGAUGGGCUCAUGUUUCUGAGUCUAAAUUGCCAGUCUAUCUGAUAGGGAAUUCCUCCAUGUGUGCAGAUCUGCUCUCUCACAGCUAAGGUACCUUUUACUCUCUUAUCUUUGCAAGAUUUCUAUCUUCUCCCAGCCCUCUUGAGGUGCUGCUUCCUGCUCCCAAGUUUCUAUGACCGUUUUUAGUUUCAAGCUCUUCUGGUCAGGAGCAUUAUCUGUGUGGGCUCCAGGAUUCUACUGUGAAGUACAUUUCUUGGAAGUGUAAGACCCUCUUGUUUGACAUCCUGCCCUGUCCUGUAUGAGCGGGUCCAGGUCUUCAUAGCUACAGAAGUCCCCUAUCACUCUUACCCUUCAGUUCACACCUGUAUACACAGCAUCUCAUCUUUCCAGGAGCUGCCAGCCUCAUGUAUUUCCUGACUUGUCUGGAGUGGCCUCUCCCAGUCACCUCUGCUCCCAACCCCUGUUUAGAAUCCUCAUUUCUAGGGCUCAUGCCUGCAUCCCAGCACUCCACUCUGUGCUGCAUGUGCUGUAGUGUCAUCUAGAGAACAGAUACUCUGUACUCUAGAAAUUUUUUGCUUCCAAAGUAAGAGGCCCACAAAUAAGAUACAGCAGUCUUUGUUUCAACAGUUUCCCAGAAUCCAGUCUGCCCAUCUCUGUGCUGGGCAACUGAAGGAAUUUAAAAGCAGGUCAGAUCUCCCUUAUCAGAUAGGAAAUGCAGCUGGGGAUGUAGCUAGAUGAAAGAAUGCUUGCAUGUGCAAGGCCUUGAGUUGUAUCAUCAGGUAGGGAAGAGGGCAAGUAACUGUUUCUUCCCUCUACCAUCCUACCUACCCCGUGACUCCCACUACGUCUCUGCAUUUGGACUAGCCAAGGAAUAGAUGUUAAGUCCUACCCAAUUUUCCCCAGCAGCGUCCAUUUCCAAGAGAGUAUGAAGAGAGUUCGUCUGUAGGGCAGGGAAGAUGGCGGACAAGCGCAAACUCCAAGGUGAGAUUGAUCGCUGCCUCAAGAAGGUGUCCGAAGGCGUGGAGCAGUUUGAAGAUAUUUGGCAAAAGCUCCACAAUGCAGCCAACGCGAACCAGAAAGAAAAGUAUGAGGCUGACCUAAAGAAGGAGAUUAAGAAGCUACAACGGCUGAGGGACCAGAUCAAGACAUGGGUGGCAUCCAACGAGAUCAAGGACAAAAGGCAGCUUAUCGAAAACCGCAAGCUCAUUGAAACGCAAAUGGAACGGUUCAAAGUCGUGGAACGAGAGACCAAAACCAAAGCUUAUAGCAAGGAGGGCCUGGGUCUGGCUCAGAAGGUGGACCCUGCCCAGAAGGAGAAGGAAGAGGUUGGCCAGUGGCUCACGAACACCAUUGACACCCUAAAUAUGCAGGUGGACCAGUUUGAGAGUGAGGUGGAGUCACUGUCGGUACAGACCCGCAAGAAGAAGGGCGACAAGGAUCAGAAGCAGGACCGGAUUGAGGGCUUGAAGCGGCACAUCGAGAAGCACCGCUACCAUGUGCGCAUGCUGGAGACCAUCCUGCGCAUGCUGGACAAUGACUCCAUCCUGGUUGACGCCAUCCGAAAGAUCAAGGAUGACGUGGAGUACUACGUUGACUCGUCCCAGGACCCCGACUUUGAAGAGAACGAAUUCCUCUAUGACGACCUGGACCUCGAGGACAUUCCACAGGCGCUGGUCGCCACCUCCCCCCCCAGCCACAGCCACAUGGAGGAUGAGAUCUUCAACCAGUCCAGCAGCACGCCCACCUCAACAACUUCCAGCUCUCCCAUCCCACCCAGCCCAGCUAACUGCACUACGGAAAACUCUGAAGAUGAUAAGAAGAGAGGCCGCUCGACAGAUAGUGAAGUCAGCCAGUCUCCAGCCAAAAACGGCUCCAAGCCUGUCCACAGCAACCAGCACCCCCAGUCCCCAGCUGUGCCGCCCACCUACCCCUCUGGCCCCCCACCUGCCACUUCUGCCUUGAGCUCCGCCCCUGGCAACAAUGGGGCCUCUACCCCAGCAGCACCUCCAAGUGCCCUGGGCCCCAAGGCCAGUCCGGCUCCCAGCCACAACUCGGGUACUCCUGCCCCCUAUGCCCAGGCUGUGGCCCCACCCAAUGCCAGCGGGCCCAGCGCUGCCCAGCCCCGGCCUCCUAGUGCCCAGCCGAGCGGCGGGGGAAGCGGUGGUGGCAGCGGAGGGAGCAGCAGCAGCAGCAGCAGUGGCACAGGCGCGGGGGCUGGCAAGCAGAACGGUGCCACCAGCUACAGUUCGGUUGUUGCAGACAGCCCUGCGGAGGUGGCUCUGAGCAGCAGUGGGGGCAGCAGUGCCAGCAGCCAGGCCCUGGGCCCCACUUCAGGCCCUCACAACCCAGCUCCCAGCACCUCGAAGGAACCCAGUACGGCAGCACCAGCGGGGGCUGGGAGUGUGGCUUCAGGCUCAGGGAACAAUUCGGGGGGACCCAGCCUCUUGGUGCCACUGCCUGUGAAUCCUCCCAGUUCUCCGACACCCAGCUUCAGUGAGGCCAAGGCAGCUGGCCCCCUACUCAAUGGUCCCCCGCAGUUCAGCACCACCCCGGAGAUAAAGGCCCCUGAACCUCUGAGCUCUCUGAAAUCCAUGGCAGAACGGGCAGCUAUCAGCUCUGGUAUUGAGGACCCUGUGCCAACGUUACACCUAACAGAGCGAGACAUCAUCCUGAGCAGCACAUCAGCACCCCCCACCUCAGCCCAGCCAGCCCUGCAGCUGUCAGAGGUGAACAUACCAUUGUCACUGGGCGUGUGUCCCCUGGGGCCGGUGUCCCUCACCAAGGAGCAGCUUUACCAGCAAGCCAUGGAAGAGGCCGCCUGGCACCACAUGCCCCACCCCUCUGACUCUGAGCGCAUUCGGCAGUACCUCCCCCGGAACCCUUGCCCGACACCCCCCUACCACCACCAGAUGCCACCCCCACACUCGGACACAGUGGAGUUCUACCAGCGCCUGUCAACUGAGACACUCUUCUUCAUCUUCUACUAUCUGGAGGGAACCAAGGCACAGUAUUUGGCAGCCAAGGCCCUAAAGAAGCAGUCCUGGCGAUUCCACACCAAGUACAUGAUGUGGUUCCAGAGGCACGAGGAGCCCAAGACCAUCACAGAUGAGUUUGAGCAGGGCACCUACAUCUACUUUGACUACGAGAAGUGGGGCCAGCGGAAGAAGGAAGGCUUCACCUUUGAGUACCGCUACCUGGAGGACCGGGACCUCCAGUGACACCGGCCCCUCUACCUGACCCCUCCCCCGCAUGCUGAUCCCCCUGCCCAGGUGAGGGCCCUGCCCUGGAAGACUGGGGGAGGCCCAAGGCCAUGAGGCACCCUCCCCCCCAGGAAGCAGGGAAAGGGCAGGGAGGCUUUCUCCUCCUCUCUGCCCUACCCUGGGGGCCUGGGGGCGAGGGCUGCCCCUUCCUCCCCUCCCCAGUGAGGGACAUUUUUUGGUAAACCUAUUUUCAUUUUGGAAAAUAUUUAUGAAUAAAUAGUUUUAUAUGA